AUGGUUUAAAGAAAUUAAGAAGAUAUGAUGGAAACAGGAGGAAAUAAAUAUGAAACUAAAAUAAGAGAAAAAAGAUAAAGACAUUUUUUCAAAAGUGGAGCUUAUUAUGAAGGAGAAUGGGUUGGAUAAUAAAGAGAUGGAUAUGGAAUUUAAAUAUGGCCAGAUGGUGCUAAAUAUGAAGGAUAAUGGAAAUAAAAUAGGGCUGAUGGAAAGGGUAAGUUUUGGUAUGUCAGUGGAGAUCUUUAUGAUGGACAAUGGAAAGAAGAUAGAGUUAGUGGUUAAGGAAGAUAUAUUCAUGCUAAUGGAGCUAAAUUUGAUGGAUAAUGGCUUGAUGAUUAACCUCAUGGUUAUGGUAUUGAAAUAUGGAUAGAUCAUUCUAGAUAUGAAGGAUAUUAUAAGUUUGGUAAAAAAGAUGGUUUUGGGAAAUAUUACUGGUGUGAUGGAUCGUAUUUUUUAGGUUAUUGGAAGAGAAAUUAACUAGAGGGAUAUGGCAUAUAUACUUGGUCUGAUAGUAGAGUAAAUUUUCAAUUUAAAUUAGAAAUAUAUGGGAAUGUGGAGUAACAAUUAAAUGAAUGGUAGAGGAAUAUAUACAUGGCCAGAUGGACGUUCCUAUGAUGGAGAAUAUCUCAAAGAUAAAAAAUAAGGAUAUGGUAUUUAUUAGUGGCCAGAUGGAAGAAGUAAAUUUUAAUAAUAUUAUAUUUUAGAAUAUGAAGGAUAUUGGAAGAAUGGAAAAUAAUCUGGAAAAGGGAGAUAUUCAUUACCUACUGGUAAUAGUUAAUUGGGUUUAUGGGAGGAUGGCCGUAGAAUCGAGUGGAUAAAUGAAGAUGAAGAUAUUAAACCAAAGGGGUGGGACCAAUAUAUAUAACCGACAUUAUAAUAAGAUGAAAAAACUCUUACAAAUAAAUGA